CAGACCUAGAGACACGAGCGCGAUAUCUGCAUCACGGCGUCUACUACAAGGAUGAUCUAUUCAGCCUGAACAGGCUUGCACUCUCUUGGCGGUUGUAUGCCAUUUAGCAAAGCGUCACAAUUGCUUGAAAACGCGGGGAAGAGGGGUAAUAAAGCAACUAACGCGCUUUUGGCAUUUUGCGGGGACGGAAAAUAGAGGAAUACUUCUACAAAUACCCGACCAUCUUCACCUUUAAAUCCCCGCUAUCUGCCGAAAACGAAGUCUGUUAUUCCAACCUUGAUAUCAUCUGUCUAUCCAUCACGUCAUUGCAUCGACAAUUAUCCAUGGAUAAUUCUUUUCCAGUAGACAAUUCAACAGUCGAGAAUGAAUACGACCGGCAAGAUAUUCAAAGCAUCGCUCAUGUGGCGGACGAAUCCGAGUGUUUAAUUCCCGCAACUUCAGAGAAAGCUUCUGAACGAAAGAGGUUGAGUCGUGCAUGUGAUCGAUGUCGUAUCCGCAAAGUCAAGUGUGACCUCCGACGGCCAACAUGUGCCAAUUGUGAAAUCCGACUUUUGAAUUGUGAAUUUUUUUUACCUUCCCGGAAACGCGGGCGAAAGAAAAGGGGCGAAGCGCCCAUUCUAGAGGGUACCCAUAUUCCAAAUAGACAUCCUCGUCGUCUGUCAUCUACAGUUAUUUCCCCUGUUAGCUUCGAUGCGUUUUCUGAGACUGGUAAUCCGAUAACACCACAAUAUGUUGGUAGCGAUGUUGUGUCGACAUCCAUUCAUCAGGACAGUCCGCCAACAAGCCAGACGGCAUACGCAAGCCCACUAGCACCUACCGGAGAUUGUGCCACCCGUGAUUCACAGAUUGAGGCUAUAAUUCGCAACUUGGAUAUUGCUAUCAAUGAAAUUGAUGACUCUCGGAGGCUGGAAUCAUUACUCACGGACUGUGUUGAUUCAUUUUUUGACAACCUGUACCCUCUGAUGCCAAUUAUCCAUAGACCGGAUAUAGAUCUUGCAAUAUGUCAGAUCAACGACCGACAGUUGCAAAAGGAAGCACCUUUAUUGGCUAUACUGACAGGUGUGUGCGCUGUGACAAUCGCUGUCCUCCCCCAAAAAACAAAUACUGUUAAGGCAGAGCUUGCGGUAUAUUUCUACCAUGCCUCAAGAGCAACUCUAAAUACCUACCUUAACGAAGAUCUCGAAAAUCCUACUUCAACUUCCAUUGCCAUCAGAUAUCUCCACGCAGAGUAUAAUCACACCACUGGAAAACUACGGUCAUCUUGGCACAGCCUGGGAGAUGCCAUUCGAAUAUGCCAAGGCAUGCGAUUACAUAACAAAACCUCGUAUGCGCAUAUGAACGACGUAGAAAGUGAGUUUUGCCGGCGUGCCUUCUUGCUGCUCUUUGUGGGAGACAAGUCUGCCAGCAUCCUUAGCAACCAUCCCGUUGUUAUGGGUAAAUUCGCGUUGGAUGGAGACAUGAUUAUACCGUACGCACGCAGUCUUGGGAAAGUGGACAGUUUGACUUGUUCAGCACUUGAUCCUAUGGAGGACGAGAAUCUAGACAUGCUAACAGGAUUCAAUCUCAACUAUGAGCUGUGGAGUUCCGUGUACACUUUACUAUUAGAAAUCGAGUUGUUACGAGAACGCUUCCUUGUCCGCCCUGGAUCCAACCCAUCCCAGCAACAUGCUACACUAGCAGAUAUCUCCCGGCUCAUUGAGCUCUAUCUUGGCUUUCAAACAUCGUUAGAUGCUCUACCAAGCGGACUUCAAUCCCACCCGACAUUUUUCAAUUCUACAUCAAGCUUCGGUAUUCAGGAGAAAGUUGGUACAAACCGGGGGUUAAAGGCACUGGCAAUUCAGAGAGUAAAUUUACAAAUCAGCUUCCAAUGCCUGCGAAUGGUCGUGCUACACGCAAUGCCAGCGCUCGCAGACUCGAUGAGUCAGCUAUGGUCGAAACGUAAACCAGACUCAGCCUCGGCAACGAAGAUUGAUCCAGCAGUCUUCGAAUCCGCAAAGGAAAUCCGACUCAGAACUGGCGAAUCUUCAGCAUUGCUCCUACAAAAAAUAAACAUCGCAGAGAGUAUGCUACAUAUAGUAAGCAGUUGUGAACUAGAUUAUCUGCGUAUAAAUGGAGAGUCAUGCGUAGCAAAGAUACGCCUUGUCGGCGCAAUUAUGCUGGAGCUAAUCGAUAACAAUCUCAGUUCACCACUUGUAGCAACAGCACGGAAGUUUCGCGAUUCGUACCCGCGCAUCCUGGCUUAUUUAGAUUCCAGGACUUCGGAUUCUUUAUAUGAGAGUAAAGUAGCAAAAUGAAGUUUGCCUAGGGAGAUUACGGUCUGGAAGCGGACCAUAUGGAACAUACAGUCCAUAGCCACAAAAGUCUGCGUCGUAUCGGCGUCGGUCUGCUUUCCAGCAGAAACUGAGAUGGGGUCACUGCGAUACCAGGUAGCUGCAGCUCCCGUAACUCUUACGGCGCAGAUGUUCCUCCUGAUCAAGGCAACAUCUGCGCCAUAGGUGUUACCGCAACGUGUGGAUAGCAGAGCAGAUAAGAUGCACAAUUAUUUAGAAUCUAUGAUCGUAUGUAAC